CAUGCGAUGACUCGCGCACAACGGCAUUGAAGCAUCCCUUCGCCACGCAGAUCGUCGUGCUCUCGCAUGAACCCGUGACUCAUCACGCUGCAGUCCCUCCGUUAUAUCUUGCCGCGGUUGCGUGGCCCGCACACCUCCCUCCUCUUCCCCCAAUCGUCCUAUCCACGCCCCUACGCAACCAUGUCGUCGGCGGUAGAGGCAACGCAAAAGGCCAUGGCGCCCCAGAGCCAAAGCGUGGGCACGCUCAAGAUCGAAAACACGGAGAAGCGCGAUGCCCUGAUCAGCUGGGAAAAGCAGUCCCAGCAAACCUGGUCCUCCACACACAUCUUCGAACAGAACGCCCCUUCGCUCCAAGAAAUCCCCUUCCACUCCAUCGCCCCGGCUGAGAUUCGCAAGAAAUACCCCAAGUUCAUGUGCACAAUGGCGUACCCCUACGUCAACGGCACUUGCCACGUGGGCCACUCCUUCACCGCCAGUAAGCUGGAGUUUGCCGUGGGGUGGGCGAGAAUGAAGGGCUACAGAGCUCUGUAUCCUCAGGGCUUCCACUGCACCGGCAUGCCCAUCAAGGCUUGUGCCGAUAAGCUCAUCCGAGAGAUCGAGCAGUUUGGGCAGGAGUUUGAGCGCUGUCCGCUCAACGCAGUCGCAGAGGAUGGCUCGAACGGAACCCCAGCCAAGGAGACCAACGGUGCCCCUCCUCCUCCUGCUCCGGCGCAAGGCGUUCCGAGGGAGGAUGUGACGAAGCACACGGCCAAGAAGUCCAAAGCCGCUGCCAAAACCAACGUCCACUUGAAGUACCAAUUCCAGAUCUUGCUCGCCCUUGGUAUUCCCAUCCAAGAAAUCCACCGCUUCGCAGAUCCGCAAUACUGGCUCGAGUACUUUCCGCCUUUGUGGCAGCGCGACCUUACCAACCUCGGCUGCCGCGUGGACUGGCGCCGGAGCAUGGUCACCACCGAUGCGAAUCCCUACUACGACAGCUUUGUGCGGUGGCAGAUGACGAGGUUGAAGGAAAUGGGCAAGAUUCGCUUCGGCAAGAGAUAUACAGUCUACAGUCCCAAGGAUGGACAGGCAUGCAUGGACCAUGAUCGUCAGACGGGCGAGGGCAUCGGCGUGCAGGAGUACACGGCUUUGAAGUUGAAGGUCCUCGAAUGGGCGGAAGGUGCAAAGAGCAAGGUCGAGGGCAAGAUUCCCAGCGGCGGUGAAGUCUAUUUCGUGCCCGCCACCCUCAGGCCUGAAACUAUGUACGGACAGAACUGCUGCUUCGUCGGCCCGCAUCUCACCUACGGCAUCUACGAAAUCGAAAAGGGGAAGCAGUACUUCUUCCUCUCCGAUCGCGCCGCACGGAACAUGGCGUUCCAGAGCAUCUUCCCCUCAUGGGGUGUCUAUCCAAAGGUCGCAGAGCUGCAAGGAUCCGAUGUGGUUGGCACGCUCGUCAAUGCGCCUUUGUCCGUACACAAGAACGGCGUUCGCAUCCUGCCCAUGGACAGCGUGAAAGCAUCCAAGGGCACGGGUGUGGUGACGAGUGUUCCGUCGGACUCCCCCGAUGACUACGCCACCUGUCUUGACCUGGCGAAGAAGGCAGACUUCUACAAGAUCAAACGCGAGUGGGUGCAGAUUGACGACAUCUUGCCCAUCAUCGAGACGCCGACGUACGGCAACUUGACAGCCAAAUAUCUCGUCGAGACCAUGAAGAUUAACUCCCCCAAGGAUGCGAAGCAGCUGGCAGAAGCGAAAGACUUGGCGUACAAGGAGGGCUAUUACAAAGGAAAGAUGGUGUAUGGCGACUUCAAAGGCAAGAGUGUGGAGGAUGCCAAACCGCUCGUCAGGCAAGAACUGAUCGACGCUGGUGAUGCUUUCAAUUACGCGGAGCCAGAUGGUGAGGUCGUCAGUCGAUCAGGAGACAUUUGCGUGGCUGGUCACCUUGAUCAGUGGUUCAUGAACUACGGCACACCAGAGCGCUCGGGGGACAACGACUGGCAGCCUGCAGUCCUGGAACAUGUGCUCGGCGCGGGAGAGGAUGGCAAGGGCUUGAAGACGUUCUCGACCGAGGUGAAGAACGCAUUCGAGCAGGUCCUGUUCUGGCUCGCGCAAUGGGCAUGUGCCCGGUCGUAUGGACUUGGGACCAAACUGCCAUGGGAUGAGGCACAGCUCGUUGAGAGCUUGAGCGAUUCCACCAUCUACAUGGCUUACUACACCUUCGCCCAUCUCUUGCACAAGGACAUCUUCGGCAAAGAGCGAGGUCCUGCAAAUAUCGGUCCGGAGGAGUUGACCAAUGAAGUCUGGGACUGGUUGUUCUGCCGGACCGAGGAAAUGCCAUCGUCCACCACCAUCUCCCACGAGACCCUUCACCGCAUGCGCCGCGAAUUCGAGUACUGGUACCCUCUUGACCAACGCUGCAGCGGCAAGGACUUGAUCCAGAACCAUCUGACCUUCUUCCUCUAUGUUCAUAUCGCCAUGUUCCCGCCGGAGUACUGGCCAAAGGCAAUCCGGGUCAAUGGCCAUCUGAUGUUGAAUGGAGAGAAGAUGAGCAAAAGCACCGGCAACUUUAUGACUCUAGCGGAUUGCGUGGCGAAGUUCGGUGCAGAUGCCACGAGAAUUGCGCUUGCAGACGCUGGCGAUGGCAUCGAGGAUGCAAACUUCGAGGAGACGGUCGCGAAUGCGAACAUCUUGCGUCUGUACGAAUUGCGACAAUGGUGUGAGAGUGUCAUCUUCGAUGUACGGGAAUUGAAGGCCGCCGAGAUCUUUUCAGACAUCAAGGACAAGGAGAAGCACAAGACCAAUGACUCCAUCCAACGGACUGGAGAGAAGAUCAUCUGGGACGAAUUGUUCGAGAACGAGAUGAACGGCCUCGUGAAGGAGACGCAUGAGCAGUACGAGCUCACCAACUACAAAGCCGCCGUCAAGUCCGGCUUCUACGACUUCCUGUCUGCUCGAGACUUCUACCGCGAGGCGACCAAAGCCGCGGGGGUGGGCAUGCAUCACGGCCUCGUCAAACGCUACGUGGAGCUCCAAGCCCUUAUGAUCACCGUCAUCGCUCCGCAUUGGUCCGAAUACAUCUGGCGCGAAGUCCUCAAGAAACCAGACACCGUCCAAAACGCUCUCUUCCCCAGCGUGCCUGAGCAAAAGCCCGAGCUGACCGCUGCUCGCGACUACGUGCGCAACACAAGCAGCAGCAUCACGAGCGCCGAGGGCGCGCAGCUCAAGAAGAUGCAAAAGGGGAAGCAAACCUCCUACGACCCCAAGCAGGAGAAGCGCCUCUCCAUCUUCUGUGCGGAGAAGUACCCCGCGUGGCAGGACUCCAUCAUCGAGCUCGUGCGCAGCAACUUUCACGACAUGAAGCUCGAUCUGGCUGCGAUUUCAAAGUCCCUGCCCAAGGCCGAGAGCAAGCGCGGCAUGCCGUUUGUGCAGCAGCUCAAGCGAUCGUUGGAAACGGGCAUCGAUUCGUCCACGGUCUUGGAGAGGAAAUUGGCAUUCGAUGAGGUCAAGGUGCUGAGAGAGAUGGUGCCGGGGUUGAAGCAGACGGUGUUGAGGUGUAAGGAGGUGGUGGUUGUGGCCAUCGAUGAGGGAGGCAAGACGGGAACUGUCGUUGCUGGGAGUGAAGGUGUGAAAGUGGGAGAGAAGAAGCAGGAUCUGCCGAGUGUGGCGGAGAAUGCUGUCCCUGGGCAAGCGACGUUCUUUUUUGAGAACGUGUAGAGGCCAGCCAGGAGGAUGAGACAGUGAGGUUGAGUUCACGAAGAAGCGCCAACA